UUACAUCGUGUGCCAUUUUACACCAGGACAUACUAUUGUUUAACUCUCAAAAACCGAGCAUCAAAGUGAUUAAUAGUAAUAUUUCUGCUUGCCUCUACAGGAUUUACGUGGUGGGGAAGCACUUUAUGAGAAUCUACAAACAUGUCGGAAACCUAUUGUAAACAACAUUUUGAUGAAGUUGAGUGAGCAUUAGUCAGUGUAUCUGAAUCAAUGUUUAUGACUGAAUGAAUCAUGGAGGAGAAAGAAACAUUCAAUGAAGAUUUUUCUCCAGGAUGCAGUCAAUUCCAGAGAGAGAAAUCAAACUCACUGGAGUCCAGCUGUGUAUCCUUAAAGAGUGAUGGGUCUAUGAGACAGCCAGUAAAAUUUGGGGAAAAACACAAAUCAACUGAUCUGAGUCAAUUCCACGGUCAGAGAUCAAACUCAUCGGAUCUCAGCUGUGUGUCCAUCAAGAGUGAUGGGUCUAUGAGACAGCCAGUAAAAUUUGGGGCAAAACAGAAAUCAACCGAAGUGAUGGAGAGAUGGCAUGAUGGGUCUAUGAGAGAGCUAUUAAACUUUAGGGGAAAAAACACAUCAAGCGAUUUGAGUUGUCAGCUGUUCCAAAGCAGAUUCAAAUCGAAUCUGCUGAAGAAGUUUCAGAGUCUGUAUGAAGGAACAGCAAAGCAGGGAAACCCAACACUCCUGAAUGAGAUCUACACCGAGCUCUACAUCACAGAGAGUGAAAGUGGAGAGAUCAAUAAUGAGCAUGAGGUGAGACAGAUUGAGACACAAUCCAGGAGAGCAGCAACAGAGGACACACCAAUCAAAUGCAAAGACAUCUUUAGACCUUUACCUGGACAAGACAAAGCCAUCAGAACUGUGCUGACAAAGGGAGUUGCUGGCAUUGGAAAAACGGUCUCUGUGCAGAAGUUCAUUGUGGACUGGGCUGAAGAGAAAGAGAAUCAGGGCAUCCAGCUCAUAUUUCCACUUCCUUUCAGAGAACUCAAUCUGAUGAAGGACAAAACACUCAGUCUUUCAGAUCUUCUUCAUGUCUUUUUCCCUGAAACCAAAGAAAUAGAAAUAUCUAAUGAUGAAUAUAAUGUGUUGUUCAUCUUUGAUGGUCUGGAUGAGUGUCGUCUGUGUCUGGAUUUUCAGAGUGAUGUGAGGUUGUGUGAUGUAAGUGAAUCAGCCUCAGUGGAUGUGCUCCUGAUGAACCUCAUUGUGGGGAAUCUGCUUCCCUCUGCUCUCAUCUGGAUCACCUCCAGACCAGCAGCAGCUGAUCUCAUCCCCUCUGAGUGUGUCCAUCGAGUGACAGAGGUACGAGGCUUCAAUGAUCCACAGAAGGAGAAAUACUUCAGGAAGAGAAUCAGUGAUCAGAGUCUGGCCGAUACAAUCAUCACACACCUGAAGUCAUCAAGGAGCCUCCACAUCAUGUGCCACAUCCCUGUGUUCUGCUGGAUCUCAGCCACUGUUCUGGAGAAGAUGUUGAGUCGAGCAGAGAGUGGAGAGAUUCCCAAGACUCUCACUCAAAUGUACACACACUUCCUGAUCCUUCAGACCAACAUUAGACAUGAGAAGGACUAUGAGAAGAAAGUCAAAGAUGAAGACAUGAUUGUCAAACUGGGAAAACUGGCUUUUCAGCAGCUUGUGAAAGGUAACCUGAUCUUCUAUGAGGAAGACCUGAGAGAGUGUGGAAUUGAUGAGACAGAAGCAUCAGUGUACUCAGGAUUGUGCACUCAGAUCUUCAGAGAGGAGUUUGGCUUGUUUCAGGGAAAAGUCUUCUGCUUUGUUCAUCUGAGCAUCCAGGAACAUCUAGCAGCUCUAUAUGCACAUCUGUCCCUUAUGAAAAAAAACAUAAAUGUGUUUAUUACUCUAUCUUCUAGUCCUUUGAAGCAUUUAAAGAAGGCUUUACAUGUUUCAUUAUCUGAGCUGCAUAAGACAUCUGUGAAAAAGGCCUUCAAGAGUAAAAAUGGACAUCUGGACCUUUUCCUGCGUUUUCUUCUGGGACUCUCACUGGAGUCCAAUCAAACUCUCUUACAAGAACUACUGACACAGACAGGAAGCUGCUCCUACAACAAAGAGAAAACAAUUCAGUUCAUCAAGCAGAAGAUCAGGAGGAAUCGCUCUCCAGAGAGAUCCAUCAAUCUGUUCCACUGUCUGAAUGAACUUGGUGAUGAUUCACUGAUGCAGGAGAUCCAGGAUUUUCUGAAAUCUGGAGAAAUAUGUAAAACCAAACUCUCCUCUUCACAGUGGUCAGCUCUGGUUUAUGUGUUGCUGACAUCAGAGCAGAAGAUGGAUGUUUUCAAACUAAAACUGUUUAUUGGAUCCCAAAAUACAGCAGAUGAAGUUCUUCAGAAGCUGCUGCCUGUGGUUAAAGAAUCAAAAUCAGUUCAGUUGAUGGAUUGUGGUGUUACAGAUGAAGGUUGUGCUGCUCUGGCUUCUGCUCUGAGAUCAAACCCCUCACACAUGAGAAAUAUGAAUCUGUCACUGAAUAAAUUAGGAGCAUCAGGAGUGAAUCUGCUCUCUGAUGGACUGAAGAUUCCUCACUGUAAACUGGAAAAACUACGGUUGGGUAAGUGUGGUGUCACAGAUGAAGGUUGUGCUGCUCUGGCUUCAGCUCUGAGAUCAAACCCCUCACACCUGAGAGAACUGGAUCUGUCACUGAACAAACUAGGAGACUCAGGACUGAAUCUGUUCUCUGAUGGACUGAAAGAUCCUCACUGUAGACUGGAAACACUGCGGUUGAAUGAUUGUGGAGUCACAGAUGAAGGUUGUGCUGCACUGUCUUCAGCUCUGAGAUCAAACCCCUCACACCUGAGAGAACUGAAUCUGUCAUUGAAUAAAUUCGGAGCGUCAGGACUGAAUCUGCUCUCUGAUGCACUGAAGGAUCCUCACUGUAAACUGGAGAUACUGCGGUUGAGUUAUUGUGGAGUCACAGAUGAAGGUUGUGCUGCUCUUGCUUCAGCUCUGAGAUCAAACCCCUCACACCUGAGAGAACUGGAUCUGUCUGGAAAUGAACUAGGAGUCUCAGAACUGAAUCUGCUCACUGAUGGACUGAAGGAUCCUCACUGUAAACUGGAAGUACUGUGGUUGAGUGAUUGUGGAGUCACAUAUGAAGGAUGUGCUGCUCUGGCUUCAGCUCUGAGAUCAAACCCCUCACACCUGAGAGAACUGGAUCUGACUGGAAAUAAAUUAAGACACACAGAUGUGAAGCCGCUCUCUGAUCUGAAGGAUAAUCCACAUUAUAAACUGGAAACGCUUAAGUUUCAGAUGGUAGUCUGACCUUCUCUGGAUCAGCUGAUGGUGAAUAAAGAGGCACUACAGACCAACAUCACAUUCAACAGAAACAACAGACACAAACCCGUGUUUGUGUAACUUUCCAGAAUCAUCCAAUUGUUGAUUC